AUGGCAUCGCCAAGAUGGAAGAAGCUAUACGAAUACGCAGCAUGUGAUCUCGCUGAUGGCCUACUGAAGCUACAUGUACCAGGCGCGGGCUUCCUCGCUGAUAUCAGGCCGCUGCUUCAUACAUCCAGCAUUCCCAAGCCUGAACUUCAGAAGGUCCUCGCGCCCGCAUCGACCUUCCUUAUGAUUCCGAAAGCGACCAAGUCUUUCCCAAACCCUCCCAAGAUGGCGGAUAGCAUUCCAGCUUCCAAUCUCACAGACUCCCGGCCCUACGCGGACUACACUGAGAGCGGCACCAUUGUAGUCAUCAGCCAGCCUCCAGGACAGUCGUGCGCCGUCGUCGGCGGUAUCAUGGCGGCUCGCAUGCAGCAUCUCGGUGCAGAGGGUAUUGUCGUCGACGGUCGGGUGCGGGACAUCACCGCGCUGAACCAGACGCAGCUGCCUAUCUGGUCCAAAGCGACGUCUGUCAUCGGCGCAGGAGCCGAGACCAAGUUUCAUGCGCACAAUGUGCCCGUGAGAAUCGGCGAAACGGUGGUCGAAGCCGGCGACAUCAUCAUGAUUGACCCGUUCGAGAAUGGCGUAGUCGCGGUGCCACAGGGCAAGGUGGACGAACUGCUCGACCUACUACCGAAGCUGAUCGAGGCGGACGAGAGGGUGAUUGCGGACGUGGGACGCGGAGUUAGCGUGGAGGAUGCGUUCAAGAGACAUAGAAACUAG